CAAAAAGAAAACAUUACAACGGUCUACUACUUGUUUCAGACAUCCAAGUUUUGCUUUUCCCUCCUCCCACGAAGUUUCCUCGCAACAACCAAUUCCAACCGUCACCUAUGACUCUGGUUUUCUGUCAUAAUAGUAAUAAUCCCCGUGAAGUAAUAUUUAUAAAUGUCUUCGUUUUGUAAAACUUCAUUUAAAACAAAUCAGCGAAUGGAAGCACCUCAGGGAGGGAAGAACAUAGGGAAUAAUAGGGAGGUUCGAUACAGGGGUAUUCGGCGGAGACCGUGGGGAAAGUUUGCCGCGGAGAUUCGUGAUCCGACGAGGAACGGAGCGCGGUUGUGGCUUGGGACAUUCAAGAAUGCUGAAGAGGCUGCAAGGGCCUAUGACAGGGCUGCUUAUGCUUUCCGGGGUCACUCGGCUAUUCUCAACUUCCCAAACGAGUACCAAUAUCAGAAUCCGACAUUGCCUCCGCCGUCUUCGGCUUUGUCUACCCGAGGGCGUGGAACUGAAGUUAUUGAAUUUGAGUACCUGGACAACAAGUUGUUGGAGGAUCUUCUUGAAACGCAUGAAGAUAGGCAGCGCUUAUAG